CACCAAGGAGAGAAGCCAUAAGGAAACGGUUCCAUUUCUUCGGUUCUUCGAACAUUUUCCCCCCGUCGAAACCGGGUGGAAGGUGAUUUUCCUUUCGAGGCACGAGGCACAGCCGGCUGCAAAAUGUGAAUGAAAACCCGGGGCCUGCAAAACAAAAAAAAAAAAAAAAGGAAACGGGGCAGAAGACUUCUGGAUGCUUUUCAUAGCCGCUUUUGCUCCUCCUCCCGGGUCACAUUUUCUCCAGCAUGAUGCGCGGCGGGUGCGGUGUGCUAGUGCCGCUCGUCCUGGCGAGCUGUGUGCAGGAAACGUGUUUGGUUCACCUUCCCGUGGCACUACGGCCGACCGACCGACCGGGACGCUUGCCAGUGCGAUCGCGAAACAGUUCUAUUCCGGAAGCGCUCGCUGAUGGUUUGGUUUGAGAAGCGCAAGUUUGGUCCGUUCGUCAGUGCUUUAGAUCCAUCCGUUUUUUUCUUUGCCGUUCGACGGUGCAUGGACGGUGGCGCGGGUAGCGCUUGCGGGUGAAUAAGCAGUGGAUUAAUUAUUUAUUGGCAGUUUAUUUAUUAUGUGUUUGUGUUUGUGUGUUUGAUCGGAAUUAUGUUCAAGUUUAGUUAAUCGAGUGAUCUAUUUGCGGAGUGAAAGGUUUUAGGCUUAACAAAGUGAAGGAGAGAUCAAAAAAGAGCUUUUAAUUUUGUUUGGGUUUAAUGUUAAUUUAAACAAAAUUCUUGGGGUUUUUGUGUAUUUUUUUUUCAAUUAGCUAACUUAGGUUGGAGUUAAGUUUUUGGUUGCAAUAUUUUUUUAGAAUAGGGGAAACAUUAGGCACAGACUUUCGUCUGUUGUGUGUUUUUUUUUCGUUUUUCUGGCUUUUCUCCGUAUACAUUUGCAGCAUUUGAGUAUAGCGAGUCCGUGCGUGUCAAAUUGUUCCGGAAAGUCCGAUAAAUAAACGAAUAGUAAUGAAAAACCUUCCACAAAAACAAAACCAACAAAUAUUUAUUGUGCACUAUUAUAAUAUCUCCAAUAGUGAUGCAUGUGAAACGUACAAGUGAGUGAAGUGAAACCAAGGCCAGUGUGAAACUGGGUCGUUAAAAAGUGUCUAACAAAAUCGCGGAAAAUAUUAAGCAGCACCGUUCUAUUGCGUGCAAUCGAGAAUAAACAAUUGCAGAUUUGCUUCUCGAGUUCCCUUUCGUGGAAAGCGUUGCGGAAAAUGAGCGGAACUGUUCGAGUAUCGUUCUACUGCCAGAAGUUGCAGCUGUGGUGCAACGAGCCGAUCCUGAGUCCGGUCAAUCGUUAAUUGUGAAUCGUCUCGACAGUGAGACUAGUGCAAACAAAGACGGACACUUUCGUGAGCUGGGAAUUGAUUGGCAUAUAGAAACUUUUGCCCAAAAUCAACAGUUCGAACCAUUCCCAAGACUUUCAGUGGAACAAAAGUACUGUGGUUGAGGAGAGUAGUUGCAGAUCAACUCAUCAAUAUGGGUACAGAGACGGCCUGCGGCAGCUACUACAACGAUCCGCCGGCUGGCCCGAGUGCUGCCGCCAUGGGAGGAUACUAUCGCAUGUCGUCGGACGAGAGUGGACCGGCACGGAGCGAAUCGCUGACGGACGAGGAGCUUGCCCAGGCAACUGUUUCCGCCUCCGAUUGUGACACCGAUCAUGACCUUCAUCAGACACCUCAGCAGCAGCAACAGCAGCAGCAGCAACAACAGCAACAGCAACAGCAUCAAGUACAACAUCAGCAACCCUCUCCGAACCGAUCUCACCUGCAGCAGCAGCAGCAGCAGCACAUGCAACAGCAGCAGCAGCAUGGACAGCAUCAGCACGCGCACCAGCACCACCCGUCGGACGGUCGGGAUCGGUCGAAUCCAUGGGCGCAGCAGUUGCAAAACCACAUCAGCACCGGCACCAGCGCAACCGUGACGGGGCCGGACAAUUCGCCCGGCCCGUCGCCGGGCCGAUCGAGCGGCAACAGCUGGCCCUUCCCCAACUACCAGCGGCUGUACAACGAAAACUCGUACAGCAUUGCAAUUGCGGCGGCGGCAGCGGCGGCCAGCAGUCAGGCGCAGCAACACAACGCGACCCAGCAGCUGCAGCAGCAAAACCAGCAAGCUCAGCAGCACACGCAGCAUGCGUUGCCGGGUCCAUCGCAACAUCACACGACCGGUCAGCAGCAGCAGCAGCAGCAGCAGCAACAACAGCAGCAGUCGCAGCAACAGCAGUCGCAGCAACUUGUACAUCUACAACAUCAGCAGCAGCAGCAACAGCAGCAGCAGCAAACCCAUCAGCACUCAGUGACACAGGCGCAACAGCAGCAGCAACAGCAGCAACAACAACAACAGCAGCAGCAACAUCAACAACAACAUCAGCUCUCUGUUCAGCAUUCCUCGAACGGGCUAACGGCGGCGGCAGUAGCAGCGGCCGCCGCUGCUGGCCAGCUGGGAAAGCGGUUUUACUACCAAGGUAAAACAAGCAAUAACAAAGAUAUCUGCGGCGAGGACAAACACAAAGAGGAGAACGAUCCAUGGAACGUCGAAACACACUCCGCGUUCCUCGGCCCGAACCUAUGGGACAAAACCCUGCCCUAUGACUCUGAUCUCAAAGUGCAUCAGUAUGCUGACCUGGACGAGUUUCUCUCGGAAAAUGGCAUCCCGUACGAUGGGAUACCGAACAGCAAUCUGGGAAAUUCGACCAGCCUGACCGGGCAGCGGUCGGACAGCAUCGGCCACUGUGCGGGGCUGUCGCUGUCCGGUCUCGGGCAGGUCACCACCAAGCGCGAACGGUCGCCCUCGCCAUCGGAUUGCAUGAGCCCGGAAACGAUGAACCCACCGUCACCGGCCGAUUCAAUUUUCGAUGUUACAGCGUUCUCGAUGUCGUCCACCCGCGACUUUGAUCCGCGGACGCGCGCCUUCUCCGACGAGGAGCUGAAACCGCAGCCCAUGAUCAAAAAGUCCCGCAAACAGUUCGUGCCGGACGAGAUGAAGGACGACAAGUACUGGGCGCGCCGUCGAAAGAACAACAUGGCGGCGAAGCGGUCCCGCGACGCGCGCCGCAUGAAAGAAAACCAAAUCGCGCUCCGUGCUGGUUACCUGGAAAAAGAGAACAUGAACCUACAUCGAGAGGUGGAACAGCUGAAGCAGGAAAACAUGGAGCUGCGCGCCCGCCUGUCCAAAUACCAGGAGGUAUAAUCUUAGCCCGACGUACCCCGGCGGAACAACGCCACGCGUUCGUCUACUUCUAGUACUACUCUACACCAUCACCGUCACUACUACUACCGCUACUACUACUACUACUAUUUUGCUAACCACUGUCGGCGUCGACGUGUUCGCCACCGUUUAUCGCCAUUAGAGUCGUCUACCAAUCGUUACCACCGAUCACCAGCAGCAGCAGCAGCAGCAGCAGCGACAGCAGCCCGGCUUACAGCGCAAUGUUGGUGAAAGGCAGCUUUAUACAAACCCUGCGCUCGCGAUCCUCAGCUCUCCCAGCAAACGCAACUGCUGGCGCAAAAAAAAACCAGGACGCAACGGGCCGCUUCCUUGUUGUGAAGGAUUGCCAAGGGAGAGUUGGACAGCAGAGAGAGAGAGAGAGAGAGAGCAAGAAAAAGAUAGGAAAACACGAGGGAAGCAGUGUUAGAAGCGCUUCCUCCCUCCCCCCCACUGCAAGGCUAUUAUAGUUGUACGUGUUAUGUUUCAUUUGUUUUGUUUUGUUUUUUUCGGUUGUUACUAAGCAUAAGCUCGAUCCAGAAUUGUUGGAAACGGCACGGAGCUGUGCGCACGGUGUGUGUGUGUGUAGGGCUUUUUACAUUUGAAACUAAACUGUUGGGAGAGAGAGAGAGGAAGAGAGUAUCGUUGAUAGCUAAUUUGAUGCUACGCAGUAGUAAUGUUGGUAGCUAAAGAGCAGGCGACAAAGAGCAUAAAGAUAGAACGCAGUAACGUAGAACGCAUGCCUGCUAGACAAAACAGUAGAUCUAGAUCAACUAAAGAGUAGAGAAAGAGAGAGAGCAUACAAAAGAUCGAAGAUGAAGGUCGCUUGUUUACAUACAAUACAAUUUAACGUACACAAAAAAAAACAAAACCAAAACAAACACACAUUCAAAACCAUCCUCCCCACCUGGUACAAGAGAAAAGACGUAAAGGAAUGCGCGCAGAUAACAUGAUUAAGAGCAGAGAAUAAUGUUACAAAAAAAUUACUUCAAUUUCAAAGAACAAAAGAGGAAAACAUGAAGCUUUCCUUUUUUCCUCUCUUUCGCGCACUAGAUAAUGCAAAAAAGUAGCCGCAAGAGAAAGAGAGAGGGAGAGAGAGAGAUGUGUUUCGAUUAAGUUUUGUUGGUUUUUUAUUUGUUUUCCCUUUUGCUUGCUGUCGCGGUUUAAGCGGAUUGCUUUAAGUAAUGGGUUCCUUACGACCUGCCUGUCUGCAAAAAAGCAAAGGCAUGAUGGAAUGUAAAGCAAAAGGAAAAAGUAAAAGUUGGCGAGAAAAAAGUGUCCGAGACGCGGGACGCAUGUAGUUUAAACAUACAAAAUGCUGGAUUUGUGCAAUUGGUAAUUAUACUGUGACCCGGGUGUGUUAUGUGCAUGUGUUGGGUGGUAGGAGCGAAAAAGGCGAAUGAGCGCAGCUGGAGUGUGAGCUUGGUAUGGACAGGUUAAGGAUAGGGUUAAAGCAGAGGUGAAGAGCUGGACCCCCCUACACUUGUUUGAUAAGCAAACGGUGUAAUUAAGGAUAGUCGUGAGUCAAUUGUCUUGGUUUUAAAGGGGCUCGUUUGUGUUAGUCACGUUGUUACCAUUGGGUGGUUCGUUGCUUUUCUUUUUGUUGUUUUGAACCCCGGUGUACAGAGAAGAAGCUCAUACUUCACUCUGCUCCGUUUGUUAAACCCACAACCACACUGACAUGUUGGAUCUUCGCUUUAGUCAUGGAAGAAUUUAGGAGCAUUUCUCCCAAAGCAAACGUUACAAAACACAACAAAAACAAACGUUUCGCGUGAGAACGACGACGUAGGGCUGUGAGUUUAUCAAAAAAGAAGAAGAAGUAGAAGAAGAAGAAGAACAUAGAAACACAGUUAAUAAGAAGAAACUGUAACUGAGAGAGAGAGUGUGUGUGUGAACGAUAUGUUGGCAACCGAAAACCAAGCCUUAGUGGAUACUGCUGCUGAAACCGCUGCUGAACCAAAAGAAGAAAACGUAAAGUGUGGCACAAGGUGCAAUUUUUCAUCGUCCUUUUAUGAGAGACACGAUCAAAAGCACGAUGGAAAGGAGGAAGUAAGGAAGCGGUUUUACUGCGACCGAACGACUCCUCUGCGCAAGUAGUACUACUUGUUUGGCGCCUUGCUGCGCAGCAAAGAAUAUGGCCUUCGGAAUUUGUUUCCAAAAAGUAAAACCCCACUACCCUUCUUCGAUCGAGAUCGAGUUUACGAUCGGACCAUGAAAUGUACAAAACGCAUCCUAACGCGAGUGAACUCUCUUCCGUAAGGAGCUGAACAGCUUUUUUCCCUACUCUCUUUUUCCUGUCUCUAAUCAACAACUGCUAGAAAAGAGAAGUUCUCCCCAAAAAUACCUGCUAGCAGGACUUCACAUUCGAUCGGUCUCGCGUCUCUAUCCUUCUGCGUAUAUCUUUCUGCUCUUCAUUCAUGCUUCUAAUUACACUUUCUUCUACUUCGGCCUCACGGAACGUUUCAGGAGCCCCUACCCUGUGUCCCCUUAGGCAUCUAGCUUGAAAAUAAACAUUACAAAUCACUGUUACGAAAAUACCUGUUAUACACGAGUUAUACAAACUCUUGUGCUCGUGCUUACUUGGUUGGUGGUUCGGUUUGUUGCUAGUUACCGUUGUGCACCGUUACACACACGUACACAAACGGCUGGCAUAGAUUGUUGGACAGUAAAGGCGGUAAAAUGAAAAGAUUGACACAAGGACCUGCAGCUAGACAAAUAGUAGAACCUGAAAGCAUAACCGCGCAUGCGUUUAUGGUAGAGUGUGCGGUAGUAGUGAAGUAGAAGAGGAAAUUAUCUUUACACGUUGAUAUAAUGACAAAUUAGCAUGCAUAUUCAAUUAGGUGCGCGGGACAAAUAGCUCCCCCAAUUCUACGGCCUUAUGCCGGCCUUUGUACAUACGUUCGAACGUUACGAAACAAAACAAAAAAAAAUAUUAACAAAAAACCCCAACACACACAUACACAUAAAAGAAAACCACCCCCCUCGUAGCCUAAAGCAAGAUGCAGUAGCACGCAGUUUAAUGCAAACUACGAAGAGCGAGAUGCUGUUUGUUUAGUAGAAUUCAUCGAGUACGGGAGUUUCAUCAGAAAAAAAAAAGAUAUGAAAGCAAAACAUGCGAAACUUCACACGCACGUGUCCGGAAAGUCAUGAGUCUGCCGGUAUAUCCCUUCGCUUUCUCUGUUGCCUGUCUGCAACAGAUGCUGCGCGAUGAUUCGGCUGUGUUUUCUCAUAGCUUUGCGCCUACCGAGCUGAUCUUUCGCAGGAACAAACAUCAAACACAGACACUCGUUAGUACGGUAACCGAAAUGAGAUUGAUGCCAUUCUGGUACACCCCGCACCCCGUAGACUGUUGUUAGCUCUUGGUGUUUCGCUUGGCAAAAAAAAAACAGGACGACGGCACUCUCGCGAAGCAUUCAAUGCAAAGACUUAACACCUGAGGGGCUACGCAUGGGAGUGGCGGUGACGGUGACGAACGGUUGGUGAUAGUUAACGAUAGAAACGAUGCAAACGGAAGAGCGGUUCCGGUGGUAGUGGAAAUGGACGUAGUGGUAGGACACGUAGGACGUAUGGGGAUGCACGGAACCAGCAAGAGCAAAAAGCAAAAGCUGUUACCAUGAAAACAGUGGUGGCGAAGAGCGUAGAAAUGAGAGGGCGGGAGGAUGGAAUCAAAAGUAAGGAAAAGGAAAAGAUGAAAAAACAAACAUACACACACACAUACAUACACACAUACACGAGAGCAAACAAUUAGUAGUCUGAUUCAAUUGUAGUGAUAGUAACAUUUAGUAAGUGACACAUGGCGAUAAAUAUGUAAUUUGAUAAGGUUGAUGAAUGGUGAAGCAGAACGGAAAAGAGAGACAGAGAGAAAGAGAGCAAGAAAGCAAACAAAACAAUACAAAGCUACCAAGAGCAGAUAAGCUAGAAAGCAGAAAAGAAACAAACAAACAAAAACAAACUAACUAACAAACAAACAUAAGUAUGAAAAAUGAUUAAUGAAAGGCAAGCUUAAAAAGAAAUCGUAUUAAGCAGGGUGAAAAAGGAAAGGAACAAGGAAAUGGUUUUUUGAGGUGAAAAUGUGAAUGUGAAAAACAAAUGAGCAAAAUCGAGGCUGAGCUCUGUGGUCGCGUGUUGCUGGAGCGUGUUUAAAUGGGGGAAACCAAAUCCCGAUGAUAUGGUAUGCCGGAAAGCUCAGUAACGCGUCAAGCACAGCGAGUGCUGUAGUUGAAACUUUUGCGCACACCUGAGUUAAUCCCUCCGGAAAAGAACGUAGUUGCCCGUUUUGUUGUUGACAAAGCUAAAAUUUAACGUGACGCUGUAAAGGAAAUGCAAUUCCCAGGAUCGACAAGAGACUCCAAAUUAACGGCUAUUGGAAGCACACGUGAAUUCACAAAAUUUAACUAUUGACCUGAUCUGAUCUGUGUAGUUGUUGUUGUUAUUAUCAGUGCUACAUACACAUCUACAUUCAGUCAGUAGAACCACCAUGCUACUAUACCCAAAGCAUCAAGUUACCAAAUGAUUGCGUUACACGUUUCUAUAGUGAAGAUGUUUUUGUUUUGUCUUCUUUCGGUCUCACGUGCUACUCAUUAAAUUAUUCUCACCCUUUCAAUGCGUCUCACCAAAAAUCUCUCUCACCCGCUGAGCACCAGUGAGCAGAGCGUGAGCGAAGCGGGCAGGGUUUUUCUGUUUGCCACUGGUUGCUGGCUUUCCUCAAUCGGUUUGUUUUCCGUUUUGUUUCGUUUCGUUGUGGUUUGAACUUUUCUUUUACUGUCAGCUAUUUUCUGUACAAAGUUUGUGUUCAAAGUUUUCUUUUUCUUUCCUUUCUCAAGUAGUGUAAUCAAUUUUGCUUUGCAUCUUUGUUAAAUCGUUUGUAUUGAGGUUUGUUUUCCUUUUUGUUUUUGGUUUUAUUUUCCCAUUUCGCUUCAGUUUGGGCUUAAGCAGGUGGUCAGUUAUUGCCUUUUCUUUAGGCACCGCAAAACAAAGCACACAACAAGCUAAACGACAACAGACACACACAAAACGCAAGCAACAAAAAAACAACAACAGCAAGCAAUGGAAGGAAAAGCUGAAAUGGGAAUAGUAAACUAAAGCGUAAAAUACCCUCACAAUCACCACCAACCCUAGUGCACCUAGUUAUGACUUACACACCCGGAGAAAGAUUAUUAGUAAGUGCUAGGAUACGAUAAGCUAUAAAACGUAUGCCCGUCCCGUUGGUGAAAAAAGGAACAAAACGUGGAGUAAACGCAAGCGUGUAGGAAGAACAAAAAGGCGAAAAACAAAGAGCAGAAAUAUAGUGUUGUGUAGAAGCAGACGAAAUGUGAAGGAAGUAGUGAAGUAGUAGAAGAAGAAGAAGAAAAGAAAAACAAACAAAAACAAACAAAAGUGUAGAAAGUAAACAUAGUGGCUCCUAGUUAAGCGAAUUUGUUUUGUUUUUGUUUUUGUUUUUCGUUUUUUUUUGUUUGUGUAAUUGUUAUCACUUCGCAGUAGCAGCUUUACGAUUAAUAAGGAAAUUGGUUAAUGUUCGUUUUUACCCUCUAUCCGCCUCUCCCCCAUUUUUUGCUUCUCUAAUAGCUCUUUAAGGCGUUUUUCUUCUCCCUUCUCAACUUUUUAGUGUUCUUGCGGUAAAGAAGAAAUCUAUCUAUUAUUAUCUUGUAUUUAACAAAUGUUAUGUAUUAUUUCUUUACGUUUUGGCAUACAUUAGUUUUCGCUCAUUUUCCCUUUGUUUUUGUUUCGAAAAGUUUCAAACACAAAGAUAAAAAAUCUAUUGGCAAAAACAGUAAAAGCAACAAACCUAUGUAUUGAUUUAAAAUUUACACACUAAACCCUUUGCCGUGCUACCUUAUCUAAAUCCUUUCUCUUACACUGCUUAGCUCCAAUCUACUUAUGGAAUAUUUCUACUUUGUAAAUGUUAUUUAAUGUAGUAAAUACCUGUUUUCCUCUUCUUUUGUUGGUUUGUUUAACCCCGUUUUGCCCUAAUUGUGAAUAUAAUUGGUAUAGUGUUAAGCACCUGGCAGGAGAACCCCGAAAGGUUUCCCGCUUUUCCCACUUUUCCCACAACUUUUAUUUUCUUUCUUACUCUUACAUUUCUCUUACUCGCUACUGUUCACUUACUUCUGUAGAUAAGCUCGUUGGUGUUUUGUUUUUCUCCCUUCUUUUCACUUCCAAAUGGCGUUUGUUUUUGGUAGCUCUUUACAAAAGUAAACAAAGGAAAGUAGGAAAGCUUAGGCACGUAGACGAAAGCUGCAGCUUAGAAAGCGAAAUGCGUUAAUGGGCAAUAAUUUAGAAGCAGACGCAAAAAUAAUAAAAUAAAACAAGAACUACAACUUAAAACUCAUCCCCCCCCCCCCCCCCCCCCUCAUUACACUCAGUGUAUGAACAUGUUCUGUUGCAGGACACAUAAACACACACACUCAGACACAAGAAAAGACAACCGAAGAGGGAACGCGAGUAGUAGAAAACGGCGAAGGAAAGCAAACGCGCAUAAUUAAGACGAAACUUACGAGCAUUCAUCCAUUCUUUGAGUUUACUAACCUGUUUUCCCCCCCCCCCCCGGCCCUUAAUUCUAUUAUAUUAUAGCUAUCGUCUGUCACAUUACAAACUCACUCACUCUCUUGUCAAAAACACACACACACAAACUAUGCAAAUGCACAUAGACACAAAGAGAGAAAGAGAGAGAAACACACACACACUCACACACAUAGAUACACACACUCAAGUCAAUGGAAAACGAUGGCAGCGAUGAAAAAUAGGGAGGGGAAAAAUGAAACGAACACAGGGCUGGUUUCGGGGCCUUUGCGUUCUAUCAUGAUUACUACGAUUACAUUUAUGAUUAAUUAAUUAUAUUAAUAUUAUUAUUAUUAUUAUUUUCUAGCGAAUGAUUACGAUUUUUUUUUCGUCGAAAAGAGAUCAAUAAAACUAUAAGCAUAGUUAAGUGACACUUGUUUUCUUUACGUUGUUGCCGUGGUUGUCGUUGUUGUUUGCUGUUGUUAUACCUUUCGGUUUGUUUACUGCCCCUGGAGAGAGAGAGAGCCCUGAGUGGGGCUUUCAGCCAUGGCUUGACCGAUGCUACAAAAAAAAAUAAGCAAAAGCCUAAUACAAUUAUAGAACGGAAUACAGGUAGUACGGACCUUUGCACCCAUUGGUCCCUCGCAAAACAAACAAACAAAAAGAAUACUAGUAACACUCCCUCCUCCCCAUUACUUAACGAUGGUAUCCUUCCAAAAAACGAUCACACAGACACAGAGACUCACCGAAUUACUAUUAUACUAUUAUUCUUAGUAUACCCUUUAGUGGAAUAGAUGUAGAGAGUAUAUUAUACAGAAGCAUUAGUACGAGCUGUAGUAGCUAGUGUGUUUGUAGUUGUUUACCUGUUAUACAGCCCUUUCUACUAAAACAAAAAGCUUCGAAACUAUGAGAAAAUUAUCAAAAACAAAAGGAUAAGUUAUACAUGAAAAAGAAGUUUGCAAAAUUCGGUUUUCAGUUACACACCUUUCUCGUUUUACAUCCACCUCCAGUAGACUGUAUACUUGUAUGUCCUAAUCCCGUCCUGUGUGAAAACUGAAACGAUGUAUUGAAAGCCCAAAUUCAACCAAUCCCCAUCUUUGAUCUGGAAGAAAUGGUAGCACACUGCUACAUGUGAAACCUUCAGAAACAAUAAACGAACGAUGUGGAAUCGAUUUUUACAAAAUCAAACAAAAACAUUUAUCACCGUACUAGCGAGUGUUUUGCGUACGUAGCAGGAGCAGCAGCAGCAGCAGCAGCAGUAGAAGAAGCAGAAGCAUCAGAAGUGUUCUGCGCAUGUAAAACACUAACCAAAUAUGGUAGUGAAGUUAAAACUCAUUCAAAAACAACAAACGCUUAACAUUGCAAAUAGUAAUAUAAAACAAGCUAGCGAGUGGAAGAAAGAAAAAAUACAGAAGAAGCAGAACGUUACGGUGGACGAUGAAAAAUGUUGAUUAUGAUGAAAAAUAAAGAGAAAAUUAGUAAAACACAAACACCGCUCCAUUUGGCAUGAUGAUGGAUGGAUGUUGUAGUUGUAGUGCAAGUAGCUGCUAGCAAACGGUAGUAUUCGUAGCGACAGUUGUAGUUUGUAGCAGUAGUAUUGUAUGGCUAAGAAAGUAGCUAAUAGUAGCCGAAACAGUAGUGGACUGAUAUUGGCAGAAAAGGAAAGGAAUUCACAUGAAAAGAAAAAAAAAAACAAUUGAUCAAUUAGCUCGUUUUGUUUGUGUAGUGUGUUUGGGUCUUCCGGAAGUAAUGGAUACUUUUUUUAUAGUAUGAUAUCAUUUGUGAAAGAACUUAGCUUUUAAAUCACUUCAAGCAAAGCAACUUUUAGCAAUUUUACGUGGAAUAAUCAUCAUUUAUUAUGAAUUGGUUUGUACACUUUUAGACACUUUGGCUUAUAUUAGUCUUUACUGUUCGAAUAUAUAUAAUGUUCUCUAUUUUGUGCGCUUUAUUUGAAACCUCCCAUUUUAAACCCCUCCUCAAAGGAAAAUAAAGUAUUAAGAUACCAGUGCAGCUAGCGAGACUGAAAUUCAUGAGAAAUAAAAACAAGGAAAAUCGUAUAAAAUAUAUAUAAAUGAAUUGCAAGCGAAUCUGUUACUGUGGCAGUGUACUGCCGUUCAAAAAAAAACCAAAACAAGUUAAAGCUGAAUGUUUGUUCCAGGUGGAAUCGCGCUUGAUGUAAAAUGUUGAAGCAAUUAAAAGUGCAUAAAACAUCGGUUAGAAUGUGUGCUGCGUGUUUGAAGUAUGAAAACAGUUUACCAGAAUAAAACUAUAAAUGUCCUUUUUUUUUCAUGCAGCUCUACCAAUUUUCACAAUUUACCAUCUACUUUUAACAACUUUUGAGUUGAAUCUUGCAAAUCACUCCCCCAAAAAAAAACACAAGGGCUCUUUUUCACAAACGAUUGAGUGCAAAGAGUGCAUUUCAAGCGUGUAGAAAUGAAAACCUGCCAAUAAGUAUAUUGAAGAGGAAGAAAAAAACGGAUAACAGGGAAAGACUCAACGUGUGCAUCUUGCAAGGAAAAGGUAACCAAUGUUGUUAAAAAGGAUAAUAUUAAAGCAAACAACCCGCACUCACACCCAUACUCUUCACUGUGCUGAAGAAGCUGUAACUAAAUCAAUUUGCCGCAAAAUCUGGAAACGAUUCAUUCAUCUAUUAACUAAGGUCGGUCACAUCAGCAUCCUCACACGCUCACAAGGUCGCAUAUGCAAGUCGAGCAAGCUCGUUUUUGCCGAACGCAUAUUUUGUGCAAGAAUAAUAAGAACAAAAAAGUGCCUCAUCAUCAUCGCCAUCAGUAAAAAUCGGAAAAUGCAUCCACAAGAAGGAGCAAGAGAAACAAAAUAAAUCAUCAAAUCAAUAAGACAUAUGCACAAAUAUAACGGUGCAUGAUCACGAUGAGCAGCAACAACAAUAAGCGCAAAAGUACGGAGUAUGUGGAACAAAAAAAAAAACAAAAUAAAACCUGUUGAAAAGAGAAAUAAAACAAAGCAUCAUUAAAUAAUUGUUGAUCGUAAAUGUGACAAAAAACGAUAAAACACAUCACUUCAGUAAUUAAUCAAUCGCAAAUAUAAGUAAAUAGAACAAAAACACACACAAAAAUGAACAUUAUCGCCAAACAAGUGAUUAGUAUUUUGCUUUGAUUUCCAAAAUUUUGCUGUCACAUACGGUAAUUGAAGAAGCAGUUAGUGAAUUCUAGUCGUC